AUGGCCCUAGUGGGGGCCUUUCUGAUUCAUCUGACCCUCGGCAGUCUACACGCCUUCGGGAACAUCGCACCUCUGAUCAUCGCCUACAUGCGUUUGCUGCAGCCGACGUCAUCUCUUCGUUACCACGAUGGUCUUAUCCUCUACGUCUCCGCAGUGCUGGUGCAGGGCAUUGCCGGCUUCUUUGGGGGGAGGCUGCACAGGACUCUGGGCCCCUCGAAGUGCGUACAGUGCAACUUCUAG